CCGUAUACCGGAACCUCCGCAUAAGUUUUCAAUCUUUGGUCUACUGCAAUAUACGUAUAAUGCUGAAAAUCUAAUAAUACCCCUCAUUAAGAAGUUUUCUUUGUUUUGCUUCAAUAAUGGUGGCUAUUCUAGAUUAUGGCUGGGGUCAAAACUUUAUGUUGGUAUCACCCAUUCCGAGGAUACAGAAUAUCUAUUGAAAAAUUGCUUGCAAAAGGACGCCGUCAUGCAAUUGUUAAAACCUGUUUUUGGAGAUGCCGCUUUUAUCGCACCAGUACCAGAAUGGUCUCGGCGUAGAAAAGUUUUGGUACCUGCAUUCAGCCCAAAAGUAUUAAAUAGCUUCGUGGAUAUAAUUUCAAAGAGAAGCCAAGAUAUCGUUCACCAGAUUUCCUCGGAGAAUCUCGUUGGGUGCGGACAAUUCAGUAUUUUUCCAUAUAUUAGCCAAUAUACAUUGAGAACGGUGACUGAGACGACAUUAGGUAUAGAUUUAGACACGACAGGAAAUCAGUUAUCCGAAUAUCUCCAUGCUAUGAGUCAAAUAUUUCGAUUAGCCACCGAGAGGAUAAUUCAGAACAAAUAUAAAAGCUUAGAGAACUAUGAUAGAAGUGCUUACAAUGAACAAACUAUUUUUGGUAUGGAUAAAAAUUGUCAGUUGAAAAGUUUCCUAGAUCAUCUUAUCCUUAUAUCUGGAAACGAAGGCGGAUUUGCUUUAAAGGAUAUCCGUGAAGAUCUCUUAGUACUUUUGUUAGCAGGAACAGACACUUCGGCGGUUGCUAUAUGUAACACAUUAAAAUUAUUAGCAAAAUACCCUAAAAUCCAAGAAAAAGUAUAUGCAGAGCUGGAAGAAGUAUUCGGUGAUUCUGAUCGACUUCUAGUAAAAGAUGACCUGAAGAAUAUAAAAUAUUUAGACAGGGUCCUAAAAGAGUCUCUUCGUCUUUUUCCGCCUGUGCCUGUGAUUGUCCGAAGCGUGACCCAGGAAACGACAUUACCUUCUGGUGUCAUUUUGCCAGAAAAUGCUGGUGUUAUAGUAAUUAUUUGGGGAGCAAACAGAGAUCCCAAAGUAUGGGGCCCAGAUGCAGAUUGCUUUGAUCCCGAUAGAUAUCUUAAAGGAACUACUCCUAAAAUAAUGUCAUUUAGUUCAGGACCAAGGAAUUGUGUUGGAUAUCAAUACGCCAUGUUGUCGAUAAAAAUAUCACUAAUUGCUAUAUUACGUCACUAUAAAGUAGUUGGAGAAGAAGAAUCGGGACCUGUUCCUGAGAUAGACUGUGAAUUCGCUGUUAUGAUGAAAGCCAAAGAUGGCUAUAAAGUCCAAUUUGAAAGAAGAAAUAAAUGA